CAUUAUCAUCUUUGUUUUUAUAAGUUUACAUUAUUCUCUCUCAAUCCCAUUUUUUUUCUCUAUCUCCAUCAUCACUAUCAUUAAGAAAAAGUUCGUAAAUUUACGCUCCGGUACCGGUCUUUUUCUUUAUACCAUUUCUUGAUUUUGGGUCAAAUCAAUCUUUUUUGAAUCUUUUUCUGACCCAGAUCAAGAAUUUUAAUUCCAAGCUAGCAACUAUGUCUUUUACUGGUACCCAGCAGAAAUGCAAGGCUUGUGAGAAGACUGUGUAUCCGAUGGAACUUCUGUCGGCCGAUGGUGUUCCUUACCACAAAUCUUGCUUCAAGUGCUUUCAUUGCAAAGGCACAUUAAAGCUUAGCAAUUAUUCAUCAAUGGAAGGUGUAGUAUACUGCAAGCCUCAUUUUGAGCAGCUAUUUAAGGAGACGGGUAAUUUCAACAAGAAUUUUCAAUCACCUGCAAAGUCAGCAGAGAAGUUAACUCCUGAACUGACAAGGUCACCUAGCAAAGCGGCAAGUAUGUUCUCCGGUACGGUAGAAAAGUGUGCUACUUGUGGUAAAACCGCGUAUCCACUUGAAAAGGUGACGGUUGAGAGCCAGUCGUAUCACAAGUCAUGUUUCAAAUGCUCGCACGGUGGUUGUUCGUUAUCCCCAUCAAAUUAUGCAGCCCUUGAGGGUAUAUUAUAUUGCAAACAUCAUUUUUCUCAACUUUUCAAGGAAAAGGGAAGCUACAACCAUCUUCUCAAAUCAGCAUCUAUGAAACGCGCUGCUGCAGCAGCAGCUGCAGUACCAGAAGCGUAAAUGUCUUAUCUUAAUUCGAUGUGUAUGCGUGUGAGUUUAUUGUUUUCAGUGUGUUUUGACCUUGAGAUCGUCCUACUUCCAUUAUGAGGAAAUCAGCAAAACUUAAUUCUGCCAUGUUUUCUUGAAUUUUUUCUUUGUCGGGCAUAUUGUUGUGUUUGAUUGAUGAAUUUAAUGCUCAUUCUCUGCCAUUGUAAAAUGAACUUUGGAGGAAUUUAUAUGCAUAUCUGGAUGCUGAUAAA